GGGUUCGUUAGAAGUAAAUAAUUACAUCCACGAGCGUGAAGUAUACACGCUUUAUGUGACAAGCAUAUCGAACGUCAAAAAGAGAAGAGUCAUUGUUUUUAGAAGGACAAAGUAUGAUGCUGGGAGGUGUAUUUAGUCUUCUUUCCAUCAUUUUUCUCUUCUCUCCGACAAAUGGUGGACUGAAUCAACUUUGUGAACUUAUUGAUUUCUAUGACAAAGCAAAGCAUACUGCUGAGUGUAUUACCUACGAUAAUUAUGGAUGCUGGUGCGGUUCAGGUGGGUCGGGUAAACCAGUAGAUGCAACAGAUAGAUGCUGCCAAAGACAUGAUUUUUGUUAUGACAGAAUACUUCAAAAGAAUGAAUGUAGUCCGUAUCUACAUCAAUAUGAGCACAGCAAUGGAACGUGUUAUGACCCUGCAGGCACCUGCCCAUACAAUACAUGCGAAUGCGACCGCAAACUUGCUAUGUGUCUCAGUAAAAGUCCUUACGAAUGGAGAUACUGGGGACAUCGUUUAUGGCCAGGAAAUUGUUGAAAAAAUAAUGUUAUUUGAAAAUA